AGUUCUUCCUUCUCUCUCUUCAUCUUUUUCUAUAUAUAUACAUACACACCUUCACGCGAAUACAAUUCCGAUCACCCUUCUUCAUCAAUCAUCAUUUUCACCAUUUUCCAACACAGAAUCAAUCCAUUAUCAAUCCUGACGACAUGGCAUCCAUUGUGUGUUUCGGAGAGAUGUUGAUCGAUUUCGUCCCAGAUACCGCCGGCGUCUCCUUGGCUGAGUCUCAAGGAUUCCUCAAAGCCCCCGGCGGCGCACCUGCAAACGUCGCCUGUGCCAUCACCAAGCUCGGUGGCUCCUCCGCUUUCAUCGGCAAGGUUGGGAAAGAUGAGUUUGGAUACAUGUUAGCAGACAUACUGAAGAAGAACGGAGUAAACGCGGACGGAGUUUUGUUCGAUGAGCAUGCGAGAACGGCUCUUGCAUUCGUGACGCUAAAGAAGAAUGGCGAAAGGGAAUUUAUGUUCUAUCGGAACCCUAGCGCUGAUAUGCUGUUGAAAGAGUCUGAACUGAACAUGGAUUUGAUUAAGAAUGCGAAGAUCUUCCAUUACGGGUCAAUCAGCCUCAUUACGGAGCCCUGUAGGUCUGCUCACAUGGCCGCCAUGAAAACAGCCAAGCAAGCUGGGGUCCUCCUCUCUUACGACCCUAACGUCCGCCUUCCUCUUUGGCCUUCACCGGAGGCUGCCAGACAUGGUAUUAUGAGUAUCUGGAACGAAGCUGAUUUCAUCAAGGUGAGCGACGACGAGGUGGCAUUCUUGACACAGAAAGAUGCCGAUAGCGAAGAAGCAGUGAAGUCAUUGUGGCGUGAUCACUUCAAGCUUAUGGUUGUUACAGAUGGGGAGAAAGGAUGCCGAUAUUAUACCAAGGCAAAGAUUCUGAUUAUCGCCACCAUCUUCAUAAAAAUACCGGAGAAGACGAACCAGAUCUUCAGCUCCAUCAUCGUCAUUGCUACCACCACCGGAGAAGAAAAAACCUUAAGCUCGUCACCGAUACCAGAUCUGCAAACGAGAUACUCGGAUCUGAAAACGAGGUCCUCAGAUCUGAAAAUCAUCAUCUCCUUGAGCUUGUCUUCGCUAAAAAAGAAGACCUACUAGGCGGCGAGGAGCUUGUGAUCCGAGGAGGAGAUCGGAGACCCACGCACUCGAUCUGAUUUUUUCUUCUUGAAGGUGUUCGUCUGAAAAUCCUUCAUCAGAUUUGAUUUCGUGUGUGUGGAGAAGAAGGAGAUGGUGGAGGUUAACAGAAAAAUCAAUUUACAGAAAAAGGAAGUGAAGGACACGGUGAUAGUGGCGGACGGUAGUUGAAGUGUGUAUGUGUUCUUGAGUGUGUUCAUGAAUAUGAAUAUGUGUUCUUGAGUUUGUAUUUGGAGAGAGAGAGAGAGAGAGAGAGAGAGAGAGAGAGAGAGAGAGAGAGAGAGAGAGAGAGAGAGAGAGAGAGAGAGAGAGAGAGAGAGAGAGAGAGAGAGAGAGAGAGAGAGAGAGAGAGAGAGAGAGAGA